AUGCACCUUAAGACACCACAAAGUUUAAAAACAAGACACCUGCCAGGUAAAAAACAAGACAACUUUUAUACCUUUGAUAAUAAUGCCAAGGUUUACGUUUCCAAAAAGCGCCCCUACGACAAAAAGGACAUGGAAACAGCCCCAAAGCUAAUAGAUAAUGGCACUUUAUCUCUUAGAGAUGCAGCUAAACAGUUUAAAGUUGACAAAUCUGCUCUUUCGAGAAGACGUACUCGUUCACUUGGUAAACAGGGAAGAAAAACUUCUCUAACCAAAGAAAUGGAACGCAAUAGACUAAGUCAAAAAAAGCUUGAGCAACUGGAAAGAUGCAGGACAGCUGCAAGUGAUCCAUUCAUCAUCUUCGGCUUUUACGCUCGCCUGAAUACUUGCGUAUCUGAUUUCAAAUUGCAAGACAAGCCUAGACCCAUUUGGAAUUUAGACGAGAUCAGUUUUUCUUCCGACCCAACCAGAAUAAAAGGCGUUGCUGGUAUUGUGGUAUCAGAAAGUUCACCGGAACUUAGAGGGGUCAGGAAAGGAAAAUACCACCGUAAUGGCCUGCAUUUCAGCAAGUUGUACUUUGUUACCUCCUCUAAUAAUUUUCCAAGGGCAAAAUUUAUGGAGCAGUUGGAAAGCAUUUGGAAUGAAGGUUUAUCUGCAAAAACUAUUAAAUCUUCGGUUGAAAAGGUUGGGAUAUUUCCAUGCGAUAAGAAUAUAUAUCCAGAAGAUCGCUUAGAUCAUGCAAAGCUACUUAGAUAUAAAGAACAUAGGGUGUUUGAAAAUCCGCUUAAUAUUUUCGAAGAUUGCGAUGAAGAAACUCCACUACCGCAGACCGAACAGUUUAUUGAAUCUGUUCCAGAUCAAUCUAACAGUGAUUCCUAA